ACAAGAUGGCGGCUGGAGGUGAAGUUGUCGCGAAAUACGUUGGUCAUAAGAUAGCUAAAACACGUUGGAGUCCUCUACAACAAGGCUCAAUAGCUACYUCGGAUACGUUUGCUACUGGAGGAUGGGACGAUGAGGUGAAUAAACUGUGUUUAUGGAAAGUUGAAGGCUCUGAUGAGUCAGUGAAUGAAGCAACUUCCCUUCCAAAUGAACCGGUUUUGCUGUGCGAGAAAGAACACGCCGGGGAUGUCUCAGAUAUGCAGUUUUUGGAUAAAGAAAGGCUUCUUGUUGCUUCUUCUACUGGUUCUGCUGCUCUAUACUAUUACCAUCCAAGAAAAAAGUGUCUACUUGAGCAACAGUCGUGGGACAUGUUGCAUUAUAUUGGWAAUACUGGUACUUCWUGCACAUGCRUUGCCGUUAAUAGAGUGACAGGUGAUAUUGCAACAGCAGGGGAAGAUGGCCGUAUUAACUUGUUGGCRUUAGAACAGACACGCCCUGCCAGAACAAUCGAUUCACCAGAUAGUACUACUAUUAAUGGUAUAUCRUAUCCCGGUGCCAGUGAGAUUAUCACAGUCGCUAUGAAUGGUCAGGUCAAGUUAUGGGAUUUACGACAAGACACACAAAAGCCAGCAAAAAUUAUGACUCUGUGCAGUGCGCAUCCUCCGACAAGUCAACGAAAUCGACUUCAAACUUUUCUACGCUGGGAAAAUAUGCACCGAUGA